GGUAGUCGACCACACAACUUUACUGUAAUUCGUGUAACUGAUGUGAGACUCGUUCCAACAGUGCUGGAGAAAAUAGCACUUGCUUCGAAAAAUGGUUCACGACCAAAACAGGCUUACUGGACUUCAGAAGCAUGCUGACUUUACAAUUCACAUGGCCCUUCUAACAACAUCCUCUUCCCUUCUUUAGAGUGCAGAUGUUGGUGGUGGCUGGGGUAUGAAACAGCAACAAGCAGUACUAGUGACUGGGAGUGCCAAUGUUCCUCAUGAUACACUCUUGACAUCUCUCUUCCCACACCAAAAAGAUAUAACAGCCUUAUGCAGUGUUUCGGGUUCAUCAAGUGUGCAGCUUGUGGAGUGUAAAGAAGAAGGAUUGAUCACUGCAUUGUUGCAGUCCAAAACUCACAUAGAACCAUCACCCAACAGUGUAAUUAAAAUUCGACAGGCAAUGUUAAUGCUGCAAUCAGACAAUGAAGAUCAUGGGAAGGAAGUUGAUGUUAAUAGAUUUGAGGAUAAUGAGGAGCUGAGAUAUUCAUUGCGGUCUUUAGAAAAAUAUGCACCUUGGGUUAGAAGAAUUUAUUUGGUGACUAAUGGACAAAUUCCCUAUUGGCUGAACUUGGAUCAUCCACGACUCAUGAUCAUUACUCAUGAAGAAAUAUUCCCAAAUGUCAGCCAUCUUCCAUCAUUUUCCUCCCCGGCAAUUGAAAGUCACAUUCACAGGAUUCCAGGAUUAUCAGAACACUUCCUGUACCUGAACGAUGAUGUGAUGCUUGGAUCUGAAGUUUGGCCAGAGGACUUCUAUUCCCCUACCUCUGGGUAUAAGGUGUAUCUAUCGUGGUCACUACCAGAAUGUUCAUCAGGAUGCCCAGGCUCAUGGCUUGGUGAUGGUUACUGUGAUUCAUCAUGCAACACAACUGCUUGUGAAUGGGAUGGUGGUGACUGCAUGGGAGAGAAAGGAGAAGGGGAACUCUUGUCCAUGGAAGAUGAUUUUGGAGCUGACAUGACGGUUGAGUUUUGUGCACCGUCAUGCUCUGAUCUCUGGCUGGCAGAUAAAUACUGUGAUCAUAAAAAUGGUAUCUUCAAUUCACUUGAUGGCAGAGAAAACGACAUUAUGUGCAAUGAAAUGCCUGAUGAAGUUAGUGCUAAUGAUGAUAAUAAUAACCCAUAUUUUAAAACAACUGAAUUAACAAGUUGUGACCAGUUAUUUGGUGUUAAGGAUGACCAGCAGAGUGAUUUUGAUGGAUUUCAACAUAUUAAGCAAUUCUAUACAACCAUGAUUUGCAUUUCAUAUUAA